AUGGACGUUCCCGAGGCUGUUGACAUUAAUGCAAUGUGUGAGGAGGGGGCAGGCGUGAUGGGCACAGUCGAUUUUGGAGAUGUAGCCGAUAUAACGGAAAAUGAUAUUUUGAGGAAGGUGUUUCGUAGCGAAGACGAUGCAUACGAGUUUUAUAAGAGAUUAGGAAAAUUCUACGGGUUUGGUAUAAGAAGGGGAGACAUGUUCAAGGAUGAGAAGGGUAAUUUGGUUCGGAGAAGAUUUUUUUGCAAUAGAGAGGGACAGAGAGAUAAGAAACAUUAUAACAGGAUCGACAGGAAGAGGCCUCACAAGCCGGAGACAAGGACGAAUUGUGAAGCAAGAAUGUGUAUAUAUUUAGAUAAGGACAGCUCGUUGUGGAGGGUCAAGAAAAUCAUUUUGAACCACAAUCACAACAUGACUCAUCCUGGAAUGGUCCAUCUAAUUACAAGUUUUCGUUCGUUGACGGAUGCUGCGAAAGCCCAAUUAGAUGGGUUUCAAGGUUGUGGCAUCUCCACGGCAAAGACAAUGCGGUACAUGGCUGGGGUAUCUGGAGGGUAUUCAUUGGUAGGUUUUUUGAAGAAAGAUGCUUAUAACUACGUGGAUAAGAGGCGUCGUGCAAAGAUAGUUGACGGAGACGCAAACGCAGCUAUAGUGUACUUGGAGGGUAAAGUCGAUGCAGACCCAACUUCGAUGGCAAGGUAUAAUGUGACAGAAGACGAGAUGCUAGCGAAUUUACUGUGGGCAGAUGGUGGCAACAGGAUAGAUUACCAAUACUUUAGAGACGUACUUGUAUUCGACUCAACCUACAAGAAGGACAAAUACAAGAGGCCACUAGUGAUUUUCUCAGGAUAUGAGAGCAUUGCAUCAUACACGUGGCUGUUGGAGAAUUUCUUGGAGGUCAUGUGCAGCAAGCAGCCUUCUGUUGUUGUCACAGAUGGUGAUGACUCAAUUCGAGAAGCCGUUCGAACAAUUUUUCCAAAUGCCACGCAUAGGUUAUGUGCUUGGCACUUAGAGAAGAAUGUCACGUCAAACGUGAAGGAUGACAAUUUACGUCGGCUUUUUAAUCGGUGGAUUUAUUCUGAAAUGAGGGUUGAUGACUUUGAGGCAGAGUGGGCUCAGGCCGCAGCCGAUUAUGGCUUGCAGGAUUCACUAUGGUGGAACCAAGUCUAUGGGAAAAAGGAGAUGUGGGCAAACGCUUUCUUGUGCGAGAAAUUCUGUGCCGGGUAUCGGACAACAUCACGGUGCGAAGGGAUAAAUUCGGUGUGCAAGAAUUUUCUUGAAUCAAAACACAGUAUGUUGGAGCUUGUUCAGAAUCUAGAACUUCUUGUGCGAGAGUAUAGGAACAAUGAGUUGUUGGCACAGUUCAGGUCUAUUUAUAGUGAACCAGUGCUGACAACCUCGCUGGAAUCCCUUGAGCGUCAUGCAGCUUCUGUUUACACGAGAGCGGUAUUUGUAGAUGCUAAACGGGAGAUUCAGAGUGUAUCUUCAGUUAAUUUUGUUGGGGUGAGGCGGUCAUUGACCACAAAGGUGUACACAGUUGAGGAGUACGGUCAUCCAGGCCGUCAUAUUAUAGUAUUAUGUGAUAAGAACAUGGGUAAAUUAGAAUGUGGUUGUAAUUUUUGGAGAAUUCAGGGGUUUCCAUGCAAACAUAUGUUUUUUGUCAUGAAGCAUGAACACUUGUUGACAAUACCUAGUAGUCUAGUGUUGAAGCGUUGGACCAAAGAAGCAAAAUCAUUAGGCGCAUACGCUGAGAAAACAGAUGACGGGGGUGAUAGAGGGUUCUUGCUUCGCCAUGGAGCACUUCAUUCGGCGUCCAGAUGGUUGUUCUUUUUAGGGGCCCAGAAGGUUGGGUUAUUCGGUGUUGCUUUGGAGGGGAUUCGCCGACUAUGUGCAACAUUGGAAUCAGAGUUGGCCAAUGGUGUUCAUCCUACCAAGUCUAAGCAACGCGGUGAAAUUCGAGAUCCAGUUGUUGUGCGAACAAAGGGAGCACCAAGGGGUCAUAAGAGAAAGGCGUCCAAGAGAAAGUGUGCGAACUGCAACAAGCCGGGACAUACAAAGAGGACUUGCACAGAUGGAAGGCCUUGUCGGGGAAAAAAACCCCGAGUGGAUACAUUCAAUUCUGCUGAGGACGGGGGACAAAGUGAGGAGGUGGCUGAACUGGAAGCGACCGGAUCCAAUGAUCAAACUAUUGGGGUAGAACACGUGAUUGGAGGUGGGUCUGUUCGAAUGCCGCAGGUAGAACUAAUCAAUACGGUUCCAUUUUGCAGAUACCGUGGGCAGUAG